AUGGCUGCCGGGAAGUUACUGCUGUACGCCGGUCUCUCUCUUUCUCUUUGCGCCCUGGGCAUGCUGGCAGUGGCGAUCUGCUCCGACCACUGGUACGAAACGGACGCCAGGAGGUACAGGGAGCGAUGCCGAAGCUUUUCCAGCCGCCGUAAGGACCCGGGGUUCAUCUACAUCCCCAACACCAGCCUACCGCUGCGGGCCAGCCGGAGCAGCAGCCUGCCCCGCUGGGAGGAGAAGCUGCUGCUGGCCCGGAACCGGCGGCAGCUCUUCGCCAUGAGCGCCGCGGAUGAGUGCAGCAGGCAGUACAAUUCAACCAACAUGGGACUGUGGAGCAAAUGCCAUCGACUAGGCUUCGAUCAAGACAUAGAAAACCUCAUUCGGAAAGGAUCCAUUGCAAGGUGCACCUAUAUCAAGUACCACUACUCCUCGGCUACGAUACCUAAAAACCUCUCCUACAACAUCACCAAGACAAUACGGCAGGACGAGUGGCACUCCCUCCACUUGCGGCGGAUGACGGCAGGCUUCAUGGGCAUGGCGGUGGCCAUCAUCCUGUUUGGAUGGAUCAUCGGUGUGCUCGGCUGCUGCUGGGACCGAGGCCUAAUGCAGUAUGUCGCCGGCCUCCUCUUCCUUAUGGGAGGAACCUUCUGCAUCAUUUCCCUGUGUACCUGUGUCGCUGGCAUCAACUUCGAGCUUUCCCGUUACCCACGCUACCUUUACGGCCUGCCUGAUGACAUUGGUCAUGGCUAUGGCUGGUCCAUGUUCUGCGCCUGGGGAGGUCUUGGCCUCACCCUCAUCGCUGGAUUUUUCUGCACCCUGGCACCCUCCGUCCAGCCGAUGCCCCGAUCCACCUGUCCCAAGUCCCGACAGGAGAACGGCACCGUCUGCUAAAGCCGGCGCCAAAAGAAGAGUCAAGACUAAUUGAAAUUAGAGAUCGACAGCAUACCGUUCCAUGCGUUCAUUUAUCCACUCAUGUCCAGUCUCUCCUGGUUGCAGAAAAUGUUUCUUUUUUAUUGUGUGUGUGUUUAAAAAAAAUGGGUGUCUUGAUGAUCUGCUAUCUUGAAAAUACAGAAAAUACCUGAGAGAAUCAUUAUCAAAAAUUUGAAUUUGUGCUUGUUUUGUUGUUGUGGAGCGGAUGCUGAAAUGGAUAUACCAUGACAAGGCUUCUCCGUGGGAAACGAGAAAGUAGGAGAGAAGUUGAGACACUUGAGAAUGACUGCAUCUCGGAUGGUGAAGUGGUCAUAGCAGAACAGUAUGACUUUAAACCUAACUGAUGGGCAGUGGUCAACAGUAACAUUAACACUGGUCUACUGUGACUACAGAGAAAUCAAUUAACCAUCAGCAUUAAGAGGGAAAUGGUCAGAGUGGCAUGGAACAUCUAGCUCUCCUCUUGGAGAUUUACAUGGACAACAUGGCCUGUGGGAUUAUUCAGAACUAAUAAACCGAGGAAUGACUAGAGAUGAAUCAGUGUUACUUGCCAAAAUGGGACAAAAGGCUGGGAUCAUGUUCAGUGGCCUCUGUUGACUUUGUUUCUGAGGCCCCUCCAGUUACCUGGGACUAGUGGACUGCAAGGGACGAGUCAGCACAUCCAAGGAGAUCCAGUACCUCCACUGUUGUACAUUACUGUACAGAAUAUUCCAGAGAAGUGACAACCAGGAAAUUUCAUGUUGGACCAUUUUCAUUCUCGUGUAGACCAUUCCACUCCUUCCAAUGAUCCCAUGUCAUCUAGCAUUUUAUACAUGCAUUUCUCUUUUCAUUCAUGUGUACUUUCCUUUUUACAGAAGUGACACCCAUCAUUGUGAGAAUGAACUGUUGACUGAGCAUAUGUUUGGAGUGAAUGUUUGAUUUUUCCAUUCUGUUCAUAAAGGUAAGUGUGUGCGCGCGUGUGUGGUUGUUUUGCAGUCUAUAGAAAAAAUGUCAGUAGUAAAAAUUAUCAUAAUGAAAAAGUCAAGCCCUGCCUGGGGGAAAUAUAAAGGCAUAGGGUUUGAUGAACAGGAACAAAAAAUGGAGAGAUGCAGUAUCCUGUUUAAAGCAGCACAACCUACUUCUGCCUUGUCAUCUUUCUGGGGGUGCUCCCUGUAGACAGGGCUGACAAAGGCGAGCUGUUUUCAAGAGGGAGGGAGGGGGGGUGUUCAAGUCAAGUAUAUUGCAGCUGCCUUAAGCAAGUCUGGGAGGAUGGAGUUAUUGCAUGUGAUGGGAAUACACUCUGCCUUUCUUAAUGGGGAAUCUGUGAAGCUCUGCUGUUUCUCCAAGCACACAGCUGCUCCUCCAGCUCUGAUUUGUAUUUUCAAGACCAACCGAAACAUGCCGGGGUGUUCUGCAGGGCCCCCUUCUUCGGAAUAGAGGGCAAACAGCAGAAUAUCAAAGCACAUGGUUUAAAAGGUGUCAGUUAACUCAGUCUAAUCAAUAUGUCUAAAGACAAAUGGAAGAGCUCAGGGUGAGAUUCCUCAAGCCACCUCUCUAUUGUUAAGCUGGACAUCAGAAUACCAGGAUAACUGAAUGUGAUUAUUACUAUGCACACUGUAGAAUAUCAUCACAAUGCAGUCUACUGCCCCUUUCCCAGACCUGCAUUCAGCUGGCAGUUUUCAGGCCUGGACAGAGCAGAUACAGGGGCUGUUCAAAAGCUGAUGUCGAGGCAUGCCAUCAUUUAUCAUGCUCUGUUCUUAUCCCUCCUGUGAUGCGAUACAAAGCUCUGACCUCUGUGCUUCAACGCAUUUGCAGACAUGUGGUGACUACAGUUAAAGUGACCCUACAUUAGACCUGUGCAUUGAAGGCCUAAAGACAAAUCCCAUAAAGACAGAAUAACAAAGAAGUGGAACUUGAACUCAACAAAAUCCGCUAAGGUUAGCUAGCUAACAAGCUAGCUUGUUGGCUUCCACUGCUUCCACUGAGAAGUCAUAGAGAAAAGCAACUUAGCUGCUGUUGACAAAAGGUUUGGACCGCCAAUAUAGCAGCCAGGGCGGAUCUUGCAAAUGUGUAAAUUCCUUUAUUCAACUAGGUUAUGGGGCUACGUGGAAACAGGGCUAAGCUGAAUUUAUGCUUUUGCGUCAAGGAUGCUUUCAAUGUCUGCAUGAACAUAACACAGACAGGCAUAAGCAUUUACCUUUAUAUUUCACAUUUAUGCGCACAAGGUGGCAGUGUUGCUGUUGUUAUUGAAACAGGAUGCAUCAACAGAGAGGAAAUAGAUUUUGAGAAAGAGCUCCCUCUCAGGUUAAAAGGAACCAGAGGCGAUAUCCUCAACAUGUUAGAUGUUGCCCAUAGUAGAGCUCAAGUAUGACGCUCAAGUUAACUAUUCAUACUGUGGGCAGAGCUCAGUUACUUCAUACAAAUUCAAUGAGCUUAAAUGUUUUAUAUAUAUAUAUAUAUAUGGAACAUUAUCAUUAGGACAGGAAAAUCCAUCCCUUUCAUACAUGACAGAGAAGACAGUUUUUAUCUACAGAAUGACUAUUGAGUUUAACAUGCCACAACAUUGUGACAUUAUAUGACAUUACUUCAAAUGUGUGGCGCAAACAAAUAACCCCCAUGUAAUUUUAUUGGAAGAAGAAAAAAUACAUCCAAUCCAAUGAAGUUUUGAGGGCAAGGUGAUUUGAUUGGUCCUGAUUUUCUCAGAGAAGCCGCUGAGUCAACUGUCUUGCACCAAAACCAGACAAGAAUCACUGUUUGAUCCAUGAAAACACAACAUGAUGGUGUAGUUUGAGGAGUGUCUGCCAAGGAGGUUCACCAGUGGAAAUUUAUACAAUCCUUUAAGCAAGCUUUAUUAACAUAGUGGAGUAACUUAAGCUGGGAUCAGGUUUCCAUUUCUGCGUUUCAUCCUGCUUUGUUAAAUGCGACAGUGCCACCUAAUGCACUUGGAAAGGCAAAGGCUUACGUCUGUGCACAACGCGCUUGUAGACAUACAGACGUGAAACCAUAAAGCAGCUUUUAGAAGAAGGGGUUUUAGAUGACAGUUGUGUCUUUGGGGGUAGCAUCACCAUCACAGAUUUUAGACUGAAUUCCCGCACUCCCAAGGAUGUGAAUAUUAAGUAAAUUACGGCAACCCAGAACCACUCACCCUCUCAUCCACCGCUAGGUACAGAUAAUGGAUUCUUAUCAGUCAGAAGCUGAUAAAGCUGGACCUUAUAGAAGAGGUAUGUCUACUCACAUUAACUCCAAAACACAGUUGUUUCAUAAAUUUGAUUUAAUACUGUCUAUAACGUGAUUAUUGAAAGAGCCAUGGGAUGGAUUAGCAACUCUCCUGGAGAAGUGAGGCAAUUUUUACUCUGCAGUCAGGGUGUAUUUUUUCUUUAAUAAAUGCUCCUUUGGACACAAGCUGAUAAUGCAAUUGACCAUGAAAUUACUUUAACUUUACUGGACACACUUCAAGAGCUGUGCUGCCUAAAAAAAGUUUAAAAAUAAACCCCUCUGCACACUCAGUGAGAAUCUUCCUCAAGAAAGAACUGCAGAGAUUUAUGCCAUCCACUCAAUCGCAAUGGGCCAUGCGGAGAAAUCCUGGAAAAAGGGAGAAAAGUGGGGAGGCGGGUAUUGAGCCAUGCACAGAAGCACAAGCAGCCUUAUGCAAGAUAGUGUCCCUUGACAUACUUAACACCCAUAUAUUUAUUUCAGUUUACCAAGAUUAUACAAGGAACACAAUUGUUCCUCAAUCCUUGGUUCUACAACAAAAUAUGUAACCACUGCUCCUGAACAGAGCAAAAUGACCUUGGUUAGAAAAGGGCUGGCCAAGUACACACAAUAAUACCAUGUGCUGCUGGAGCCCAAGGAAUCACAACGUGAAAAAAGUAAAAGAGGAAAUAUCCGCAAUGUAUGUAUUUAGACCAGGAUAACAUUACCCCAUGUAGAGUUUCACAGCUGAGGAACUGGAGUUGGCAAGGAAGCCUAUAGAAAUGAAAAGUAGACGUUUGAUGUCAGAGAAGAUUCCUGAAAUAGCUUGGACGGGCAGAUUUAAUCAAGGUGCGUGACUCACUGAAACUAUAGGAUUCACAUCCAGUUACAUAGCAACUCAGAAACGGAAUUUAUCACCCCAAUUGCACUGUGAGAACCAACUACAAGCCUCAUAAGCCUCUUUUCCACAGUCAGGUACAAAAGUUACCAUGGCCGCAUUGCACUGUUCCAUACUCAUUUGAACAAAUACAGUUUCUACUUCCAUUUGUUGUGCUGCUCGAUUUAGGUCCAAGGAUCGUGGAAAGAAGGAGGGGACAGUAUGUCACAGCAACAGCGUUCCAAAUUUGCACUGGUGCACAAGUAAAAAAUAUCAAUUAGACAGGCAUGGAAAAUCCCAUGACACUAUACCUCUGUUUGAACUCUGACAGUACAGAGAUUCAAGUACAUAACAAAACACACUUGACAUUAUGCAGACGGGUGUUUUUGUCCAAUGUGCACAUUAGUUGUCCUUUAGCUACUCCUAAACAUCAGGAGUGUGUCCAGCAGCUGCAGAAAGCCUAACUGAGGUGGGCUUAUGUGCAAGUCAAUGACGUGUUGUCAAUUCCUUCUUUAUACAUUCCUUGUUUAGGUGUAGGAAGUGCCUAAGAGAAACUACAGUGUUACAGCUGGUCAGCGGCAGAAUUCCAGAUAUGAAAUGCAGUAGUUAGAGCUUUUCAUUCUCUUGGCUGAAAAAAAAAUGGAGAAUCAAUAGCUGUAUGUCGUACAAGUGUGUGAACGUUGUUGGAAUACUGACCUUCAGCUGCACUUACAGAGGAUGGGAGCAACUCUGCACACCAGAGCAGUUCCACUGCAGUGAACACAGUUAGCUAACCAGGCCGAGAGAAGUGUCUGGGGCAUGCCAUGUCAAACUGUGCCCAAGCGGAAAUGCCAUCGGAAUGGUUCCUGUCUGUGCUCAGAACCAUUUAGCCUGACCGUGGAAAAGAGGCUGUAGUUGUUGGACUAACUAAUGAAGAGAACAAUGAAGGUUUUAAAGGGUUGAAUGACAAACAGAGAUACUGCAACUUCCAUAAUGGAUGGACAUUAAUAACAAAAAAGGAUCAAUCAACCUUUAACAUCAGUAAUGUGUCUGUUGCGUAAACAUAAGAGAAAAAAAGAAAAAAAAAGUUCAACUGUGGAAUGUAAAAUCACAAAAUAAAUCUCAUUGGUGUGUUUACUAA